UUGGCGCCCGUGUUUGAUGUCCGGAGUGUGUACGAGUUUGUUUUAAAGCGGUUAUAAAGACGCAUUUAUUGGAUAAAAUUUGCAAGAAAGAGUUUUGAAAUGUUUGUGUCCGAUAUCCGAAAGGAGUUCUAUGACGUUAUUGUAAACCAGAGGGUUGCGCUUCUUGUUUCCGCGGAUAUCGAUGCCCUGUGUGCCUGCAAAAUACUCCAGGCUUUGUUCCAUUGUGACCAUGUGCAAUACACUCUGGUUCCCGUGACGGGCUGGCAGGAACUGGAAACUGCAUUUCUAGAGCACAAGGAGCAGUUCCGGUACUUCGUUCUGAUUAACUGUGGCGCUAACAUUGACCUGCUGGAGACCCUUCAGCCGGACGAGGACUCUGUGUUCUUUAUCUGUGACACGCACAGGCCUGUUGAUGUUGUCAAUGUCUACAAUGAUACACAGAUUAAGCUGCUCAUAAAGCAGGAUGACGAUCUCGGCAUUCCUUCCUAUGACGAUAUCUUCAGAGAUGACGAAGAGGAGGAUAAGAAUGGGGGUGACUCUGGAAACGAGAGCGAGGAUGGGUCGGAGCCCUCUGGUAAACGAAGGCGCUUUGACGAGGGUGCUGUGGAGAGAAGGAUAGAAAGACGAAGGGAAAAGCGAGAGUGGGAAGCGCGGAGAAGAGAAAUCUUGUUUGACUAUGAGCAAUAUGAAUACCAUGGAACCUCGUCUGCACUAGUGAUGUUUGAGCUGGCCUGGGUUAUGUCCAAGGACACCAAAGACAUGCUUUGGUGGUCAGUUGUUGGUUUAACAGACCAGUGGGUUCAAGAUAAAAUCACACAUAUGAAAUACGUCACAGAUGUGGGCACGCUGCAACGCCAUGUUUCCCGACACAACCAUCGCAAUGAGGACGAAGAGAACUCGCUCUCCAUCGACUGCAUGAGAAUCUCAUUUGAGUACGACCUGCACCUGGCCCUGUACCAACACUGGUCCCUCUACGAGAGCAUCUGCAACUCCUGUUACACGUCGUCACAUUUUAAGCUAUGGUCUAUUCAUGGACAGAAGAAGCUGCAGGAGUUCCUUGCUGAUAUGGGCCUUCCACUAAAACAAGUGAGACAGAAAUUCAACUCUAUGGACAUCUCCAUAAAGGACAAUCUCCGUGAAGUCAUUGAAGAAUCUUCAAAUAAAUAUGGAAUGAAAGAUAUCCGAAUACAGACAUUCAGCGUUCAUUUUGGCUUUAAGAAUAAAUUCCUUGCCAGUGAUGUGGUCCAUGCUGCAGCAGCCCUUCUUGAGAACAUUGAGAAGGAUGAGAGUAGAACUGAUAACUUUAUUAAUGCUUUAGACAGCCUGUCCAGAAGUAACCUGGAGAAGCUGCACCAUGGGAUCAAACUGGCCAAGAAAAAGCUUAUUUCUGUUCAGCAGACCGUAGCCAGCUGCAUCUGUACUAACCAGAUCCUCUCCCAGGGGCCGUUCCUCUACUGCUACCUGAUGGAGGGCACUCCAGACGUGAAGCUAUUUUCCAAGCCAAUGUCCUUAAGUAUUCUCAGUAAAUACCUGCUGAAGGCAUUUGUUCGUUCAACGAAGAACAAGCGUUGCAGGCUGCUGCCUUUGAUUAUGGCAGCCCCCAUGGAUGUGGAAAAGGGCACUGUGAUCGUGCUGGGAAUUCCACCAGAGGCGGAGAGCUCUGACAAAAAGAAUUUCUUUGGAAGGGCAUUUGAAAAAGCAGCUGAAAGUACCGGCUCCAGGACUCUGCACGACCACUUUGACACAUCUAUUAUUGAGCUGAAGACUGAAGACAGAAGCAAGUUUCUGGAUGCUCUUAUUACGCUCCUGUCAUAAAGGUCUAAAAUUUGUCUGUCUGCUUCUUGAAUGUUUUCUCCAUGUAAUGUGUAAAACUCAUGUCUGAUUUCUUCUUUGUAUUUUAUGCUGUUUUUUAAUAGAUUUUUAUAUCGUAUGUAAAUAUUCAAUUGAUGUAGCAAACGUCCUUGUUUACACAUUUUAAAUUAAAUGCUGUGCCAUUAAUUGUGUUGCUAGCCUUCAUUGAAACUCAGAGUAAUAUCCUUUUUACCAUAUUGCACACCACCUCCUUUUGAAGUGUUUGAAACCAGAGACCCUGCCCUCUGCUUUUGAAAAAGGAACUGCCUGAGCCUUUUAAACUGCUCUCCUCUGCUGUAAAUACAACUCUUGUUUUCACCUAGAGGAAGACGUGAAUAAUUACAAGCUUUGUCAGUCUGUUUUUUUAAAAGGUUUCAUACCAGACCCCCAAGGAAUAAACCCACAGAAGUGCUCCAGUCACUGACUGCAACCCAUCAUUUUAAAGGUGGGUUUUAUAAAUAGACCUUUUUAUAACUUGAAUUCUAGCUACAGCAGAAGUUUUAAUUGCUGUAAUGUUUAAACAAGUGAGGUCCUAUUUUGAGUUAGUCAUUUUAUUCCCUCAAAUGAAGGGUUGUUGCUGCCUAUUGUGCAGUGGGCUGUGCAGCUUUCCUCCCAUCUUUUUUUUUUUUAUACAAUGAAAAAGUUGUUCAACUUUGAAAGGUGCUUUUUUUUUCCACUUUGUAGUUGAAGUACCCCAGGGGAAGCAUUUAUGUUUUUUCCAUUUACCUUUAAUACUUUUAACACCUUUUAAUAUAUUGGGGUGUUCCUAACCCUCAACUCUGUGCAUGGAGGAAGUUCCAAAAUCUUUAUUUUUUUUAAACACACUGGUAGGGUCCAUGAGACUAAAGGCAAACUCAAUAUAUUUGUAUUGUAUCUACACCAGCUAUCUGUUCCCACCAAAUGCAGCUUUUAUAAAACAAAAAAAGAAGUCCCAGCCCUUCAUAGUUUGAUUACUGUGACGUGUGUUGUACACUGGGUAAGGAGACAAGCCCAAAGAUUGCUUUUGAAGCUCUAUUGUUGUAUGUCAGUGAUGUGAUCAAGGAAAGAUAUUUCCAAACAAAACUAGACUGCUAUUAACAGAGAACAGCAGGGACUAUACCCCCCCCCCCCCCCCCCCCCCAGUGAGCAAAUUGCCCACACUGUAGUAAAUGUAUUACAUGGGUAAUUUGCCCACAGUGGAAAACCAGAGAUCAGUAAACUAAUUUUGUGUGCAUAAAUUUAUAACCAGAAUUACAAAAACAUCUAAUUUAAACCUCAAAUCUGAUAAUAAAAAGCUGAAAUAUGAUUAUGUAUUUACUUUCCUGUUUUCUGAAGGUACUCCAAACCUGUCUAUCAGUCUAUAUAGAAACUUCACUAAAGUGUGCUGGUUCUUCAUGACAAUCCUUUACAGAGUGGAUUCGGAUGGGGAAAGGGGGGGGGGGGGUACCAUAAUUGCAUACUUCUUGACAUGGGAAUUAAAACAGCGGAUAAACCAAUCUGCCCACACAGCCAGCGUGUUUACAAACACAGCUGAUUGCAGGGUGGGUCUCCCUGCCCUGCCACUGUUUAUUCUGUAUAAUUAUAUUUAUGAAUUUGGUAUGGGACAAAUCACUGUUUACACAUGCUUAGUUUAUAAGAAUGUAUUCUGGUGGAAUUCAUUGAGAACUUGACAGUGCUGUUGAGUAGAAGCUUAGUGACAUAACAUAAAAAUAAAGUGCUGUCGUUUCAUUAUUAUUCUUUAAGGCAAUCUCUUUACUAUGUUGUGCAGUUCUGCAUUCUGUAAACUUGACCUGUUUAAGUUAUGAAUAACCUGCCCUUUUCAGACACAUGCAAACCCGUUUUAAGUAAAACCUGGGAAACUCAUGGCUGUGAUGUGGCUGUUGAGAAGCUUGUCUAGUGAGCAGCAGGGGCAGUUCUUCAGUGGCGUGGUGCUAGACUGCCUCCACGGGGGGACUUGGAGCAGUGAGCAGGGGUAGCACGGUCCAAUGAGUCACCCAGUCCUACAGGAUGGGUGGAGGAGGUCACCUUGGGGCGUUCAAUUACUUGAAAGGGGAUUUAUAAAUUGUUUUGUGUUGUGUACAUGAGAUGGCUGUGCAUGGGUGGGUUUUUAGGGGGGUAAUUCAUUCUUUCCUACAGUAUCUCAGGGUUCAGUUCAUCAACUUCGAAAGCAUUGCACUCAAUAAGGUUGUUUUCACGGGUGUUUCUUGCUCGGCUCUUAAUUAAAGUCAUUGUGAAUCAGGACAGUUUUUCAUCUUUUCAUUUUCGGUGCCUCCUCUCUGACAUUUUUGCUUGAGGUUCUGCCACAGCCUUUCCGCUGUGCGUGGAUCACAGGAUCUGUGAAGUCCAGCAGUAGAGGAUCUUUGUCUGUGAGACCUCUGAAAAGGAUUCCUUGGUUCUGCACACUCACAAAGAGAAGCUGAGAAGUGGACAGCAACUUCAUUUUAAACUCUCCCGUGUACAACAUUUGUAUGUUGAUGUACGCAAGCUCUUUAGUCUUGAAUAUGAGCGUUUUCUUUUUGGAUCAUGUACAGCUUUCAGCUUGCUCUAUGUAUGUCUCUGCUUCACUUUACUUUUCUGUAAUUUUACCAUGCUUUGCCUUCACUAAAGCAAAUAUGUUGAAAUUAAAUACAACACA